CCAUCCUUUGCCACUUCGUUUCCUUUGUUCUGUCUUCAUUGUGCUGGUAGCAGUUAACCAACAAUGCUGCGAUGCUCAGCAGCAAAAUCCGUUGACGAUGAACGGGGGUUCGUUGUUGGCGAUGGCCGGAGACGGCUGUGUUGCACUGGCUGUAGACAAACGGUUUGGUUCGGGACCGCAAAUGGUGAACAUCGCUCCUCGCCACGUAUGGGCCGCGCAUCCAAAUCUGAUGCUAGCGUUUUCGGGCCUGGAAGGAGACGUUCAGAGUCUCUCGGAAGAACUGCAGCUCGAGGUGGCCGCGAAACGAAACCGGGCCCUGGGCUUUAGCGUUGGUGGAUUGAAAAUCGGGAACGAGAAGGGCAGCAAUGAUGAAAUGGAUGAGCGGCGGUUCCGAAUAUCUCCUCCCGCACUGGCAUGUCUGACAAGUCACGUAUUGUACCAGAAACGAGGUUACUAUGUGGAGCCCUUAGUGGUAGGUUUGAUGGAGGGAACAUGGGCCCCAUUCCUGUGCGCCAUGGAUAUGAUCGGAGCACAAUCGUUCUCGCAGUCUUUCAUAUGUUCCGGUGCUGCAUCAACGUCGUUGUAUGGAACGGCGGAGGCGCUCUGGAAACCAAACAUGAAACCCAAGGAUCUACUAGAAUGCUGUGGGAAAGUAUUUCAGAGUGGUACGUUCACGAAUUGCUCAUUCAUAAAGCACGUCUUCCUUUACUAUUGCUGUGUUAUAGAUUUCCACUAAAAUAUUCUUGAUGACACCAAUUAACUUCCUUUUGUGUUCUCCCUGUCCGGUUGGAAUUAGCGCUCGAACGAGACUGUCUGAGUGGAUACGGAAUUUUGAUCUAUCUGAUAACGAAGGAUGGGAUAGCAGAAUACGAUUUCGCAAGUAGAAAUGACUGAUGAUUAUCAUUUGAUAUCUGGGUCUUAAAAUUAGCCAUGAGCUCAGCAAAAGUCAUCUGUUCAAAAAAGUAGAAUGGGAAUCUUUAGAACAAACAUUCAAUUAUCUC